AUGGGAUCCCAUAGGCAUGGCCGUUUGCGCGCCACGUGCAUCCGACCAAUCACCACGAGGGACUGCAAAAGAAGUGACCCAAUGAUGCCGCCGGAGAAGACGAACAGUGACAGACAUCAGGACAGCCAGAUCACAAUCCCUGAAGACAACACUGGGUCUCACGAUCUCUCCUUCUGUCCGCCUCUCUUGCUCCACUUGUCCACUCCGGUACAGUCACACUACCCUUCACUUUCACUCACCUCUGCCACAUAUCCGCACACACUCUGUCGUCUGCCUCCUGCCUCUGUCACUCCUGACCACAACAAUACACGCCGAAGCGGUAGUAUCACAGUCGUCUGCUUUAGUCAUCCGAAUGACGAACUGACUAUUGCAGAUAGAAGAAGAUCGCCCGAUCAAGGGAAGUCUUCGGGUGUUGUAUUGCCCCUAACUCGCUGUCGCUAG